ACCCUACCACAUAUACUUAUUAGCUCCUUCCCACUCCUCCAGUCCUAUAUUCCUUUAUAUAUCUACAUCCCACUUCUAAUCUACCAAGAACAUAACCAAAUCAACACCAAAACUCCUCCAACAAAAACAAAAACAAAGAAAAAUGCUUCCAAUCAAAGAAGAUAAUAAGUUCUUUUCAAGAUUUCUAACCAAAGAAAGUUCAACAGCAAAUCCUUCAUUUAGAGUGUAUUAUGGUGGAAAUUCAGUAGCUGUACCUUUUGUAUGGGAGGCUAAACCUGGUACUCCAAAACAUACCAAGCAUAAUUUCUCAAAUGUGGAAGAAAACAAAGAUUAUCUCCCACCUCUUACUCCUCCACCUUCUUAUUACCUUAAUCAACCUAAGAAAGUACCUUCUAAUAAUGGUAGUAAAAGGUAUUCUAGUAAGAUUUUUCUUGGGUUGUUCCCUAAGAGUUUGCAUAGGAGGCAAAUCUCUUCUGCAUCGUCGUCAUCAUCAUCUACAUUGUCGUGCCACUCAUCAUCGAUGUUAGUGUCGGAUUCGAUGAGAAGGAGCUCUGAAAGGAGUUCGAGUUUGAGUCUGAGUCCGAGUCUGAGACGAGAAAGGAGAAGGACCUUGUCUAGCCCUGGAUCGUUAUUUGAUCUCAUUGUGAAUGGUCAUGAAGAUAAUGAUGAGCAAGAAGAUGUAAAAAGUCCUAGAUCAGUUAUGUGUUUUGGGCUUGUUGGUAGUAGGAGGAUCCGUAGUUGUUCGGUUAAUGAGCAUUAACGUGUGAUUUAUGGCAUGUAAACAACAAAAAUAACCAUGAAAAACAUGGGAUCUUUUUCACUUUUUAGUUACUUUUCUUAUUUUUACCUCAUUUUAUAGGUGUACUUGUAAUAUGGUAAAUGAUAUGGUAGUGAAUCUCGUCUACCUUUGAUAAUUA